UUCACCCUGAAAAACGUAACAGUGGAAAAGUGGAAUGGGAAAAGUUCCAAAUGCACAGCGAUACAUGUUUUACACAAAGGUGGAACCGUGAUGAUAGAAGACUCAAGAUUCAAUAAAAAGAUACAUACAUCCGUUGACGGUGCUGUAGAAGUGAUGACGACAGGAGGAAAAUCGAACAUCACAAUUUCAAAUUGCUCAUUCGUGGACAAGAGCAUAACAAAACGAAAGGGAAUUGCCUUAAAAAUAGCGUCAUGGAAUGGAAACGCAGGAACUGUAGCAAUUUUAAACAGCCUUUUCAUAAGCAGCGAAAAGAAACAGACUGCCAUGUUUCUUAAUGCCAAAUACCGCAUAAAAUUGAUCAAUUCAACAAUGAUGUCAUUUCGCUACGGAUUUAAAGUAUUUUCAUCCAAUACCAAAAACAGUACAUUUCCUAUCGAUAUCUACGUCGACAAGUGCACUUUUAUGAACAACGCCCACGACAUGUUGUUGACCUUAUUUAAUCCAACCUCCGUUCAGGUGACCAUUCAGAACACACUUUUCACCAGUAAUGAAACAAUCCUGCAGAACAGUUAUGCGAUUCGCCUUAACAUUCCGCCGCUAAAAAAUGUCACUUGUUCCAAUGCAGUUAUAGAGCUAGUCAACGACACUUUUGAGUCCGCGGCGGCGAGCAACUUUGUACUGUUCUUUAAAGGAGAAAAAAGCGUGAAUAUAAGGCACUGUAUAUUUCGUAACUGUACUUACGCCUACCCCGAAGUACAGAAGUGGAGCAUAACGGAAAACGAUGAAAAUGAAUUUUAUGAGACGGGUUCUGGGGCCAUUUCCAUUUUAACUUUACCAGAUAAACCUAAAAGAAAUGGAUGCCUUCGCUCAAACAUUAUUCGCGAUACCCAUCCUUUGUGGCAUUACGAAAGUCACAUUACAUUCGAAGAUACUGUCUUUGAACAGAACUUGGGCCUGAUUGUUGGUGGUAUCCACAUAAGUAAUGGGUAUACUACAUUUAAGAGAUGUGUUUUUCAAGACAAUUUUGCUCUGCAACAGAGCGGACACAUCUAUUCCGCUUAUGGAACUGGCCAAGUGGACUUGCAAGACUGUAUAUUCUCAAGGACUGUAGAAAGCAUACCAGGACCUAAUCGUUCUAGUUAUAUAAAGGCCAACUUCCUGUAUUCUCAAAGUGGAGGACCUGUAAAUCUUAAGAACACAUCCAUGAUUUCAGUAGUCCCUGCAAAGGAUGGCUAUCGGAUGCUUGAUAUUUCAAGUGGAGGUUACUUUUAUAUGGAUCAAAACACCACCAUCCAGUGCAGCAUAGGCAGUAAGCUUCUAUUCGAAGAUGCUACACAUAUUGUAUAUACGGAGAAAAGCGACGGGUCUUGCGUAAUAAAUAAUACGGUUCUGAGGUACUCUUGCCAGUCAUGCUCUUCAGGUUACUACAGCCUUCAGAAAGGAACUUCACGAGGUUUACUUCUUAAUUCUACAGUAAGUUGUCUUAAGUGUCCUUUCGGUGCCAGCUGUAUUAAACGGAAUAUAGCUGCAAAACCAAAUUUCUGGGGCUCCCAAACGUCCAAUCCUCAAAAGCCCCUCCAAUUUAUUGCGUGUCCAGAACAUUACUGUCAACGUCCAUUACCUGAUUCAAGAGACUUCAACCGUUGUUAUGGAAGACGAAAUGGUACUCUUUGUGGAAGGUGUGCUGAGGGAUUCACAGAAUCUCUAUUUUCAACUGAAUGCUCGAAGACUACAGAAUGUAACCAUUACUGGUUUUGGGUUAUGACAAUAACCUAUACGCUAGGAUUAGCGCUUUAUCUUUUGAUUAAACCACCCAUUCUGAGUUUUCUUGGACACCAAAUCCUGUGGUAUAGAAGACAGGAGAAUCAAGUCAGAAGUGACAGUCAUGAGGACUCGGAGAGCGGUUUCCUCGAAAUAACUUUUUAUUUUUACCAAGUUGCUGAGCUCCUGAUGAGAACAUCCAUGGAAAGUCGGCUUAAACUUAUACCCUUUCUUGACUUCGUGAUUUCCGCUUUUAACUUUCAAGUGACAACCGUCAACGACAACAUCGGUUGCCCUUUUCCAGGUCUUACGGCUGUAACAAAAGAGGUUUUCCUAUCUGGAACAGUUUUCUUGACAAUGGCCAACGUUUUCGUUGUGUAUUGUGUCCACGUGUGCACCAACUUCUUGAGGAAAAAGGAAAAGCCAAGGUUUACACACUACAUGGCCGUUGUAUUGGAAAUAUUAUUGUUAGGGUAUGAGAGUUUGGCAGAAAUGUCUCUGAAAUUGAUGCAUUGUGUUUCCAUUGGAUCUGGAAAACAGCUGUUUAUCGACGGAAACGUCCCAUGCCUACAGUGGUGGCAGUAUAUCCUGCUGGUUUAUAUUGCAGUGUUUGUGGUGCCUUUUACCUUGGUUAUCUACUGGGGUUCUUCGAAGCUUUAUAAAUCCUCCAUUAAGUCAAAUGAAUUUCUUGCCGCUUGCGUGCUUCCAUUGCCGUUUCUGAUUCACUGGUUUUUCCAGGACAUUCGUAAGAGAACAGUCACAAGCUAUUUCACCAGAAAUCGGGAAGCCAAUAAAGAUGUUCUGGAGGUACUCCACGGUCCAUUUCGUUCUCCAAGCGAUGUCAACAAAGGAGCAAUUUACUGGGUAAGUGUUCUGAUUGGACGAAGGCUUGUUCUUCUUACCUGUCACACCUUUAUAGUUGACCCAAUGUUACGAGGUGUCUGCAUGACAAGCGCAUGUUUCAUAAUGACAAUUCACCACAUUUUCAUGAAUCCUUACCGAGAUCCAAUGGCUAACAAAGCUGAAACGCUAUCACUUGCUGUUUUGACCCUUAUUUCCGCAAUCAAUCUACCGGGAGAAGCCCUCUUUUCAUUUGGCAUUGAUAUGAACACGGAUCCGCCAAAUACAGCUUAUCUAGAGGCAGUGAAAUGGAUUGAGGUUGGCGCCUUGGCAUUUAUCCCAGCGUUUGUAUCCCUGUUGGUCACGUUCGCAUUCCUGUCCCAGUUGACAAGAUUUGGAGUGUUUUUAUCCAAGUAUAUUCGAACUGCCUAUCAGUAUCGAGCAUCUGAAUGGAUA